CUAAAAGCUAGAGCGACGCGUAUGUCAACGUCAAAAGAAAAAUCAAUGAUCGAAACAAAAUGGCCGUUCGGCGACCAAGGGAACAUUAAUGUUAUUUGACGUACCUACUCAUUGUCGAUUAUUGUACAAGUUAUAUGUUCCUAUGAAUAAGUAAUUCUAUCUAAUACAUGUGACAGAAUUAUUUUAUUUGACAAUAUGGCUUGGCCGAUGCCUCCUGCAGGUCAAUGGGGAUCGGGUUUAUCCAUGACCCCUGAAAUAAAUAUGGCUAAUAUGGGGUCAUAUACGGCAGAGCAAUGGGCUGUAAUGCAGCAACAAAAUUGGCAGCAAUGGACGCAGUGGCAGCAACAAUAUGCCCAGUGGCAUGGACAGUAUGGAGACAAGUAUGUGGAGCAGAUGCAAGCUUUCCAAGCUAUGGGGGGAAUGCCUCCUCUACCGACGACAAACGUUGCUCCGCCGCCGGCACCGCCGCCACCUGAGCAGCCGCCUCCACCACCUCAUGAGAAUAACCAACCACUUUUUGGAAACACGUCAUCUAAGCCUACACCUGUCCCCCCUCCAGGAGCCAAUCAACAAAGAAAUAAUAAUCCUGGUAAUAAUGUUAAUAUAAAUGUGCAUAAUCAAGUUGGUAACAAUGCCAAUUGGGCUCAAGGUACAGAAUCAGCUCAAACCGUUCCAACUACUGUCAAUGCUGAUGCUUUGAAGAAACUUGCUGAAGAAGAGAGACUUUUUGACAUUCAGUUUCAAAAAUGGGAAGAGGAAAUUGAGAAGUGGAAGAAGGAUAAUGUGAAUCACCCUGAUAAGCAGGCAUAUAAAGAAUAUGAGCAAAAAUUUGAAUCAUGCCGAGCUCAACUCAUGGAGCGCCGUUUACAGAUGAAACAAAAAAGAGCACGUCUUAUGGGGGCUAAUCCUCCUAUUCAACCAGACCCACCUACACCAAGUACUACAGCUUCUAAUAUUACACCUACAGUGAAUGCUAAUUUGAAUACUACAAAUAUUAAUGCAUUUCCUCCAAAACAAACACAAAGUCAUGGAAACAAUUUACAGAAUUAUGGUAACAACAACUUACAGAAUUAUAGUAGCAAUAAUAUCUCGCAUUACAACAAUAAUUCUCAGAAUUAUGGCAAUAAUUCACAAAAUUAUGCUAGUAAUCAACAUAAUUAUAACAAGAAUCAACAGAACUAUAGCAAUAAUCAACAGAACUAUAGCAACAACCAACAGCAUUAUGGUGGUCAUCAACAAACAUAUGGCAGUCAUCAAAUGAACUAUCCUAACACUUCACAAAAUUAUGGAAAUAAUUCGCAAAAUUAUGGUAAGAAUGCACAGAAUUAUGGUAAUAAUUUGCAGAACUAUAAUGACAGCUCUUCUCAAAACUACUCAGACAAAAAUGCUCAUUACCAGGAUGACCAAUUUAAAGGACCUAAAACUGCUAACAGUAUGGGUAAUAAAAAUAUUGACCCACAGGACAGAUUUGAAUCUUAUCAGACUAUGGGUGACACUGAUUAUCAAACAAAUACUAAUUUGUCCACUUCAACUUCUACAGCUCCUAUUUCUAGCACUUUUCUGCCUAGUAGUGGAGACAAUAAAGGAAUUCCUGGUUUAGAUUUGGUCCCAGAAACUGACAAAUCAUAUACAACUAAUACCAAUGAUGAUGUUAUAGAUAUUUCAAAUGAUAAAUCAAACCAAGGGUCACAUAUAAAAGCUCCAGAUUACACUAUAAUUUCCAAGGGUAUUAAUAAUAUCCUAGGUGAUGAAAAAAUUAUGAAUAUUCUUUCAAUGGUUCGUGGUCAAACUACACAAAGCCCUGGUACUAUGGGCACUUCAAAUCCUCCCCCUAGCAGCCAGUAUAACUCCAAUAAUCAAAACAGUGGAUCCUUUGGUCAAGGCAGAAAUCUGAGUUCUCAGAUCUACAAUAAUCAACAAUUUGAUAAUAAUAGACAGAAUAUGUCUUCCAACCGACAAGGUCUGGAUCAUUCUAACUAUCCACCUCCUAACAGAAUGCCUGAAGAAAUACCCCAGGACCAAUAUGAUUAUGAUAAUGAUAGAAAUGUACAAUAUAGUGGGAACAAUUUAAGGCCUCCAUAUCAAAAUAAUGAACCCCCACGUCAUGCACCACCUGUUCGGCCUAACAUCCCCGCACCCAGGCCACCAUUACGUCCCUUAAUGUCAAAUAUGUCUGACCACCUUAUGGGUAAUCAAGGCCUGCCUGAGAGAAAGCCAUUACUUGAAAAUCCUGUUCCCAAGCCACCUGUAAGACCCCAGUGGAUAGAUGAACCAAUGUUUACACCAUCUUUGAUUGUGGAAUAUGAGCACAAGCCUCUUCGACUAAAAGCUCGAGAUUUUAUAGAGCCUGUCCACACAUUUGACUACAAUCAUAAAUCAAAAGAUGGAGAGGUCAGAAAGAAAGAUUUUGAAAAAGAAGUGGAUGAUUUGUUCCAAAAAAAAUCUAAGAGAUUAGAUGCAGAAAAUGAUUAUGGCAGGGAAAGAUAUAGCCGUGAUCAUUAUUCCAGAGAUUUUGAACGAAGAGCACCUAGAUAUGAAGUUGAUUUACUAGAUGAGAUUCGUUCUAGAGGUCCGCCUCGAAGUGAUUAUGAUGAUAGAAGACGUGAUAGAUACGAUGACAGAAGGAGGGAUGAUCGCGAGGACGACAGAAGAAGAGAUGAUCGUGAAGACGACAGAAGAAGAGAUGAUCGCGAUAAGUAUCUUCGGCGCGAGGACACUUUCAGAGACAGGGAUAGGGAAUAUAGAGAUCGCGAUUUUGGCAGAGAAAGCAGAAGAGAAGAAGGUAGAUACCGCAGCCGAAGUCGGGAUAGGGAUUCUCGCAAAAGAGGGCUUAGCAAAGAAAGUGACAGUGGAAAGCACUAUUCUAAGAAACCAAAAGAUAAAGAUGAGCCUCCAUUAAGUGCAUCUUCAUCAAAACAUAUUGUAAUGAUUGACGAUUUAUUAGAAUCUCCUGGAAGGUCUAUGAGGCCUGAUAAAAUUGUUGUUAUUCUAAGAGGUCCACCUGGAAGUGGCAAAUCAUACUUGGCUAAAUUAAUAAGAGACAGAGAAGCAGAAUAUGGUGGUACAGUCAGAAUAAUGUCUAUUGAUGAUUAUUUUAUGCAAGAAGGAGAAGUUGAAGAAAGAGACCCAUCCACUGGAAAAACAGUUAAGAAACCUACCCUAAAAUAUGAAUAUGAUGCAAGCUAUGAAGAAUCAUAUCUAACUUCUUUGAAGAGGGCUUUCAAAAGAACUUUGACAGAUGGUUAUUUCACGUUUUUAAUCUAUGAUGCAGUUAAUGAACAAUUAAGUUGUUAUGCUGAUAUAUGGAACUAUGCAAGACAGAAUGGUUUCCAAGUAUAUAUUUGUACUAUGGAACUUGAACCUCAAGUCUGUUAUAAGAGAAAUAUUCACAAUAGGACCCUCGAGGAGAUAGAAGCGAUUAGUUCUCGAUUUUUCCCUACUCCACUCCAUCAUAUACAAUUGGAUCCUACCACAUUACUACAGAGUGCAGCUAUAACGGAAGUCCAGAUGGAAGAUGCAGACGACGUUCAAAUUGUUAUGGAGGAUUCACAAGAAACUGAGCUCGCCUCGACGGCACCAGCAAGCCCCUCCGCCCGUCGCAACUUUCCAUGGAAGACUACCUACAACUAGACGACUGGACACCAAACAAAGCACAGCCAGGAAAGAAAUCUGUACGAUGGGCGGACAUUGAAGAGCGACGAGAGCAAGAGAAGAUGCGUGCCAUUGGAUUUGUUGUAGGACAAACUGACUGGAAUCGUAUGACGGACCCCACAAUGGGUUCGAGUGCACUCACACAAACAAAGUAUAUAGAACGUGUGAGACGCAAUUAGACUUCACAUUACAAGGUUUUACAGGUCAUUGUUAAAAAGUCCUAAUAUAUUGCAGUUGUUAGAAUUAUAGAAUUUAAUAUACAGUAAGAAAAAUUGGUGUUUCAUGUAGCAAGAAAAAUAAUUUAGUAGAUGCUAAACGAAGAAAUAAUGGUAACAGUAUGUAGUUUAUUUAAUAAAGUUUUCCAAUCUACGUUUACUAUCGUAUAGAAUUCAAAACAAAUAAGUAAUUGUCACAAGCUAAAAAAAAGUUUCUUGUACGUAAAUUUAUUCCACACUUUAAAUGCAUAUUACAUUUUUUUUUCUUGUCGAAUUUAUACGGCAUUAAGCAAUUAAAUUCUGGUGCGGAAUAAACAUAUGUUCACUCUUGAAGGCCUCUUAGGAAAUCUUACCGCACUUUUUCAAUACAGCAUUAUGUUUGCUAUAUUCAGUUUUCAAACGAGCUGUUCAUAUAGUUAUUAUUUUUGUGAUGAAAAUUCUAAGUGAAAGUUAAUGUCCAAGAUUGUUUAAUUUUUGUCAUUGGUUUAUUUUAUGCAAACGUGAUCAAGUAUCUAUGUUAAAUGGAAUUAAAUCACCACUGAGUGGAUUAUCUUAAUAUAUUAGGUAAGUAGUUGUAGACAAAAAGCAUAAAUUUGCUUUUUAUUUUGUUAAGAAUCUUACAAUUAGGAGUUUAAAUACAUUUGGAUUUAUUACGCAUAAUCCUGAUUUAUUAAUUGACAACUAAGAAAUAUUUUGUUAUUUUAGCGUCAAUUAAUAAUUUUUUAAAACAAUUUUGAGUAAGAUGUACAUUUUAAGUAAUAUAACUUCGUAAUAAAUUUUAAGUGAUAACAUUAGAUUGCGUAUUUUAUUUUACCAAUAUUGGCAACGUUUCGUUUGAGACGUUCCGUUACUCUUCAUCCAUGGCGCUAUAAAAGCCACCAUACAUCGAGC